AUGAGGACAGUCGCUGCUGUGGCGGCGCUGCUUGCGCUGGCCGGCUCUGCCAUUGCAGGAACUCUCAAAAUCCCCGUUCACAAGCAAGGUCCCGGAAGUGCCGUGAGCAAGCAUCCGCUUCUCACAAAGCGGGCGUCGGCGAUCGAGGAGCUGGUCAACAAUAUCACAGGUGGCGGGUACUAUGCCAGUGUAUCGGUGGGAACGCCAGGACAGUCCAUCAACUUGGUACUGGACACUGGCAGCAGCGACGCUUUUGUAGUAGAUGUGAACGCCGAUCUGUGUACAAGUCGGAGGUUGCAGGUUGAAUAUGGCAUGACAUGUGACGCUACGUUCGAUUCUUCCGACAGCUCGACGUUCUCAGUUGUUCAGCAAAAUGGCUUCUCAAUAGAAUAUCUGGACGGUAGCACCGCCUCCGGGGACUUUGUUUCAGACAGCUUCGAGAUCGCCGAUGUGACGCUUGACGAUUUCCAAUUUGGCUUGGCCGACUCUACAGUGACCGGAACUGGUGUACUAGGCAUUGGAUUUGUCGCCGAGGAGGUGGCAUUGACGACAUACCCGAAUCUACCACAAGCGCUUGUCGACGCGGGUGCCAUCUCUGUUAAUGCGUACAGCUUAUACCUAAACGAAUACGAUUCCGACACGGGAAGCAUUCUCUUUGGUGGAGUCGACACAGAGAAGUUUAUCGGCGAGUUAACGGUGCUGCCGAUACUUCAGGAUGCCCGCGGGAGGAACUACUCGUCCUUCACGAUCGGCCUUGCCGAGCUCGCCGCCGUCUUCAGCAACGGUACCGACCCGGCCAACAUCACACUUCCCAGCGUGCUGCCAGCCAUCCUGGACUCCGGCACCACCCUAUCAUACCUACCGGACGACGUCGCCACCCCUCUAUUCGAGGCUGUCAACGCAUAUACCUAUACCGAGGGCUCUCAGGGUCUGACCCUGAUCGACUGCAAGUACCUCGACUCGGAUGAGGAGCUCACCAUGAACUUCGGUUUUGCCUCCUCGCUUACCUCCUCCAGCAGCGAGGUGACCAUCUCCGUGCGCGCCGCCGAGCUCGUGCUGGAUGUCUAUCAAGGGUACCAGUCCCAGAUGCCGUCCGAGAUCCCCUUCGACGAGGUGUGCCUCUUCGGCCUGCAGAGCUCUGGUGUCGCGCUCCCCUCCGGCCAGGCGCAAUCGAUCGAGUUUGCCCUGCUCGGCGACACAUUCCUUCGCAGCGCCUACGUCGUGUAUCACCUCGAGAACCGCCAGAUCGGCCUGGCACAGGCCAACCUGGGCAGCUCCGACAGCGAUGUUCAGGAGCUGAGUGCGAGCGGUACAUCGCUACCAGUGUUUACUGGCGUGGCCAGCCAGGCGUCUAACCCGACCGCCACGACAACCAGGAGUAGUGGUGGUAGCGGAAAUGGAGGCGGGAGCAGCAGUACGAGCCAGUCCGGAAUGGUCAUCAUCACUGUGACAGCGUCCCCGACGGCGUCGAACAACGCCGCUGUGGCGAGCACGAGGCCGCCGACGGGCGAGGCGUUCGCUGUCAUGGCUGUGGUGGGCAUAUUCACCUUGUUUGGAGGUCUCUUGUUCGCUCUGUAA